AUGCCUGGCCUCCUCUGCAUGCAGGCGGAGUGGCAGGGCUUCAUGGACAUUGACUUAAAUAAGUUCAAAGAGAGCGGAGCCAACGUGACAGGUUUUCAGCUGGUGAACUACACAGACACGAUCCCAGCCAGAAUCAUGCAACAAUGGAAGACAAGUGAUGCCCGAGAUCACACCAGGGUAGACUGGAAGAGGCCAAAGUAUACAUCCGCUCUUACCUAUGAUGGCGUGAAGGUGAUGGCUGAGGCCUUCCAGAGCCUGCGGAGGCAGAGGAUUGACAUAUCCCGCCGGGGGAAUGCUGGGGACUGUCUGGCUAACCCAGCUGUGCCCUGGGGCCAAGGGAUCGACAUCCAGAGAGCCCUGCAGCAGGUGCGCUUCGAAGGUUUGACAGGAAAUGUGCAGUUUAACGAGAAAGGGCGCCGGACCAAUUAUACCCUCCACGUGAUCGAAAUGAAGCAUGAUGGAAUCCGCAAGAUUGGUUACUGGAAUGAAGAUGAUAAGUUUGUCCCCGCAGCCACCGACGCUCAGGCUGGAGGGGACAACUCAAGCGUCCAGAAUAGAACCUACAUUGUCACUACUAUCCUCGAAGAUCCUUACGUGAUGCUUAAGAAGAAUGCCAACCAGUUUGAGGGCAAUGACCGUUAUGAGGGCUACUGCGUGGAGCUGGCUGCGGAGAUCGCCAAGCAUGUGGGCUACUCCUACCGACUUGAGAUCGUCAGCGACGGCAAAUACGGAGCCCGGGAUCCCGACACAAAGGCCUGGAAUGGCAUGGUGGGAGAGCUGGUCUACGGAAGAGCAGAUGUGGCAGUGGCUCCUUUGACCAUAACCUUGGUCCGGGAGGAAGUCAUCGACUUCUCAAAGCCAUUCAUGAGUUUGGGAAUCUCCAUUAUGAUUAAGAAGCCACAGAAGUCCAAGCCAGGUGUCUUCUCCUUUCUUGACCCUUUGGCCUAUGAGAUCUGGAUGUGUAUAGUGUUUGCCUACAUUGGAGUGAGCGUCGUCCUCUUCCUGGUCAGCCGGUUCAGCCCCUAUGAAUGGCACAGUGAAGAGUUUGAAGAGGGACGAGACCAGACAACCAGUGACCAGUCAAAUGAGUUUGGCAUAUUCAACAGCCUGUGGUUCUCCCUGGGGGCCUUCAUGCAGCAAGGAUGUGACAUUUCCCCCAG